GCCAGGCACGAGGCUCCCCGCUCCUCCCCUCUCUCAUUCUGCCUUUUCCUGGGCUCCUGUCCAGAGAAUGACUGGCUCCAGUGGACCCAAGAGGAGCAACACAGCCUGAGGAUACAGUACAGCAGCUCCAGCUCUGCCUGCCUGCCUGCCUGUUUUCCUGCUGGGACAGUCAAAUUCACUGAGGUUUGGAAAAUUAGAAGCUCCUUCACCUUUGUGGGAUUCAUAGACCUGAUUUUUUAAUUUAUUUUUUUCUGUCCUCAUCUCAGAAAGGCUGGAUCAAAGCGAGGCAUACAGACAAACAAACAGACGGACUGACAUAUGGACAAAGAGCAGUGGGCACUGCGGCGUGAAUGUAGCAACUGGACUUCUCUUCUCCCUGGUUACUAAGACCAAACAAGGAUAAUAGCCAGAGCACUAUCUUGUCCACUGAGACAGUGGGUGGAUGCAGCUUUCAGCACACUGCUAUAGGGGAAAGCAGUCACUGUAUAGAAUCUACAGACAUACAUCUAGCUGAUCUAGAUUCAAAAUUCAAAGAUUUUAAUUGUCAAUUUACUAUAUGUGGCAAUCAUCAGAAAAAAAAGACUCUACAAAUAGACUUUUAUUGGAUUGUUAUGUCUGAAAUGACCAGCAUCUGCAAUUAGAUAGGGUUCACAGCAACUUGCAGGGCGCAGAGCUAUCUUUGUUUUCAUGGACUUUGCUGCUCAUGUUGAGUGGACUUCUUAAAGGAUUUCUGUGCAGAUGAAUGUGGAGAGUGUGUUUCAGUGAGGAUGGCAGAGUGCAUAUGGACUAUGUAUCUGACACUGAUGCUGCUGCAUUUUGUUCUGCUGGGCACGGCUCACGCAGCCCACAACAUCUACCCGAGGAUACGGCUCUCCCACAAAGAGCUUUGGCAGCAGAACAGGUCCUGGGUGUUCCAGGGACAUGGAGCGUCUCUUCAGCCCCACACCAUGCUGCUGGAUGAGGGCCACGAGAGGCUUUAUGUUGGGGCCAAAAACAUUCUGUUCUCCCUCAGCCUGGACCGGGUUAACACGGACCAGAGAGAGAUCCAGUGGGCCAGUACAGAAUCUCAGAUAGAGGAGUGUUUGAUGAAGGGAAGGGAAAAGCCGGAGUGUGCCAACUACAUUAAGGUCUUGCAACAGUACAACCAGACCCAUUUGCUGGUCUGUGGAACAGGAGCCUUUAAUCCCAUUUGUGCCCUGGUCAGAGUGGGACACAUGGGACAGGACAAGCAGUUUGCUCUGGAAGAAGACAGUAUAAUGAGUGGCAGAGGACGCUGUCCAUAUGACCCCAACAGUCCCUGUACAUCUGUGCUUUCCGGAGGAGAGCUGUAUAUUGGUCUAUACACUGACUACUGGGAGAACGAUGGUGCUUUGUGUCGACUGAACAACAAGACCUACACACGCACUGAAAGAGACGACAGGCAGCAAAUCAAUGAACCUAAAUUUGUGGGCUCAGCAGUUAUUCCCGACAACGAUGACAGGGAUGACGAUAAAGUUUACUUCUUCUUUACUGAGCGGGAGACGGAUGCUGAAGGACUGAACAAGGCUGUGUAUGCUCGUGUUGGCCGAGUCUGUGCGAAUGAUCAGGGAGGACAGAGGAUGCUGGUGAAUAGAUGGAGCUCCUUCCUGAAAACUCGUCUUAUAUGCUCUGUGGCUGGACCAAAUGGCAUUGAUACAUACUUUGAUGAUCUUGAGGAUGUGUUUGUGCUCAAGAACAAGGGGGGCAAAAACCCUGAAAUCUUUGGCCUCUUUAGCACAACAAGUGCGGUGUUUAAAGGCUAUGCAGUGUGUGUCUACGGCAUGGAGGACAUCAGAGCAGCCUUUAAUGGUCCAUUUGCCUACCGAGAGAGACCUGAGCAUCACUGGACACCUUAUGAGGACAGAGUCCCCUACCCUCGACCUGGAUCUUGUGCCAGUAAAAUGAAUGGAGGUGGCUUCUCCAGCUCAAAGGAGUUCCCUGAUGAGGUUUUGCGCUUUGUGCGUUCUCAUCCUGUGAUGUAUCGUCCAGUCCUGCCCCAGCACCGCAGACCUGUCCUGCUGCAGACAGAGCCAGGCAGGAGAAAGCUGACACAGAUAGCUGUGGACAGAGUCCAAGCCCAGGAUGGACACUACCAUGUUCUGUACAUCGGCACCGAUGACUCAGUGGUACUGAAAGUUAUCACCAUCUACAACAAAGACACAGACACUAUGGAGGAGGUGCUGCUGGAAGAGCUGGAAGUAUUCAAGGUACCAGCACCGAUAAGAGAGAUCAUAAUAUCACCUAAAAGGCAACAGCUGUAUGUGGGUUCUGAAGUGGGUGUGGCCCAGGUCAAACUGCAUCAGUGUGACCUCUAUGGCUCAGAGUGUGCUGAUUGUUGUCUGGCCAGAGACCCCUACUGUGCCUGGGAUGGUCUCACGUGCUCCAGAUACUACCCUGCUGGAGCCUACACCAAGAGCAGACGAUUCAGGCGGCAGGAUGUUCGCCAUGGCAACGCCGUCCAGCUGUGCAAUGGGCUGCAAAUUGAUGAUGAAAAAUGGCAGAAAGCUGAGGAGAGGCUGGUGUAUGGUGUGGAGAGCAACAGCACUUUACUCGAGUGUGUCCCCAGAUCACUUCAAGCCAAGGUCCUCUGGUUCUUACAGAAAGGAGGAGAGAAACACGAGGUUCGAGGCGAUGAGCGGGUUAUCAUGACCUCCCAUGGGCUGCUGUUUUUGCGAGUGAGAAGCUCCGAUGCUGGUGUGUACGUGUGCCAGACUGUGGAACAUGGAUACGUGCACACAUUGUUACGUAUCGCUCUGCACGUGCUCAGAGGGGAGAGGGUGGAGUCGGCAAUCCAUAGGACAAAUGAUGGGGAGGGAGCCAAAGCUGCAGCUCCAUGCCACUCCUCCAUGGGCCCCCCACCAGGCCCUAGCAUCAGCCCCAGGGCUCUGGUGCCAUCCUCGGUCCCAGGCCCCCACUCCAGGCUGUGGUACAAAGAGUUUCUCCAGCUGAUUGGCUACGGGGAUGCCCAAAGAGUAGAAGAGUACUGUGAGAGAAUGUGGUGCUCAGAUAAAAAACGUAAAAAGACCAAAAGGAAGUAUGUGCAUCUGGGUGGAGAGAAGAGAGGGAAAGGGAGAGCAGACGAGAACUCCCACCGAGCACCCAGGCACACCUUGGACACCUGAGGAGAACAGAGACUGUGCGAGCACACAUACAUACACACGCACAAACACACACACACACACAGUCUAAAGGUCAGACUCACUCAGUGUUUGCAACAUGUAAAAGGUUUUCACUUUGCUUUCAACAAGAGCAGUAACAGAAAAAUAACAGUAGCGGGUUGCCUUGCUUUUGUAGCUACAUUAAUCACCCAGUAGUUUGACUGUGAUGUUUCCACUUAUUUUAAGAUGCAACAUUUUGCCUUUUUUGUAGGGGUAAAGCGAAUCUGGUGAAGACCUUGUGUAAAUACCACGAAUGUCAGUGUCAGUACAGAGCAGAGGCCAUGGGAGGAGACGGAUGACUGAUCAAGCCACGUGGCCUCUGAUCUGAAGUGACAGAAUAUAAUAUAUCAGCUCCUGUGGACUGACCCAGCCCAACCCAGCUGUCAUUCCAAACGCACACAGAGACUGCUACACGAAACCUCUGCUCCACCUCUCAUUCAAUGGCAAACUCUUACCGUAUCUGAGAAAAAAACAACUAUGUUAAAAGUAACGGCCUUCUAAUCUUUUUUUGGUAUGAUAACUUAUUUUCUUGGUCUCUACUUUGAGUUCUGUAGUUGUUUAGAUGUCGUAAACUGGAAAAUAUAGUGGUGUUGCUUUUGUACAGUGAAAAAAUGCUUUGAGCUUUAUGAUACUGCUAACUUGAGUACGUGGUCAUGGCUGUGGUGUGUGUGAUUACACUGACCACAAUGGGUACAGUAAUGUGUUGCCACGAUUAUUAAUAUUUGAGGCAUGUCUUAGUCAGAAUUAUGCCCUCAAUGGAAAUAAUUAUUGUUGAAGCACUUGUAAAAACUGUUGCAGUAGCUGAAAAGUAGUCCUAACAGUGGAUAUUGUUGCUAUUAUUGAGUGUCUACAUUUAUGUGUACAGUUGUGAGAAAAAGUACCAACAGUACUGUGUGUGUUGUGUAUUUUAUUUAUCUCAAAUUCAGGGUAGUCUUUGUGUGCACAUCUGGCAACUAUAACCACAUAUACAUAUAUAAUGUCCCUGCAAUUGCUCUUUCUCUCUCCUUCUCCCUUCCUCCCCUCUCUGUAACAGUGUUGCAGAUGGGAUUCUUAAUUAUUACCACUAACAGCAGUGUAGAACACCACAAUUUGCUGAGAAGAAAAAAAAAAACACAGCUAAAUGUUAGGGUGACCAUCCAAGUGUGUCAUUAGCAAAGCUGAUGAGUAAGCUUCAUGAAUAUUCAGUAACUUCUGAGAUGACAGAAUCAUCAAACAUUCUGAUAUUACACUGAAAUGCAUUGCAGUGAUUGUAAAUACUAAUAAUAGAGUCUGGUGGACCAGGAUUUUUUUCCAUGUUGUGUCUUAUUUAUCUCUCCAUUUGGUCACUUUAUAAAUUUUGACCUUGUUGUCUUUACCGUAUUCAUGAUGUGGUAAAAAAAAAAAGAAAAAGAAACAAAAACCAAACAAUUGCUUGGUGUCUGUUGGAGCCUCUCUCACAUCAUCACUCGUCAUUCUCCUUGCCAAUUCCUCAGCUAAGACUUGGACUGAAAAUACUGUGUAUAUAAAUAAUGGCCAUUAAAAAAGAUGGACCAUCCUUCUGUGGUGUCACCUUUGCGGUUUAGCCAUCAAUAAUGGCAAAGUACACUCAGCCCAUGCAAACACACACACACACACACGCACUAAUUGAGACAGCGAGCCAAUGAUGCAUAGAGAAAGAGGUAGAGAGAAAGUCUUGUGCAGUACUCACAUGGAUUACAACAAAAAUAAGAUGAUUUAACUGAGAUACCUUAUCUUUUUUUUUUUAAGUUUUUUAAUGCUGUAUUUUUUAUGUCAUUAGGCAAAUAAACACAAUACUAAAAA